GAGGUGGGGCUUGACGAGGCGGGAGAAUUUGAGAUCGAGGCGAAGGCACUGACACUGUCUUUUCCCUGAGGAGGGACCUAUCGGGGCGAGUAGGAUACAUCAGUGCCUAUUGCCAUGUAUUCAAAACGAAAAUUGUCAAAAACCGGAGCCCGUGGUGAAAAUCUGAUAGAAGAAUUACCAAAAGCAAAGAAGUCUCGGGCCUCUGGCAAGAAAAUAUCUGUUCCCCAAGAUGGAGUUAUAGAGUUAUCCAGUGUCUUUGGGCAGCUCCUUAAGUCUGCAGGGAUAAUCCUGAAAGCUGGAGAAAGACAGAAUGAAAUAGCUGUGGAUGGAGCCAUUUUCCAGAAGAAGUUGCAUCAAGCUUUGAGAAAGCACCCUUCUUAUCCACAGGUUGUUGAAGAAUUCAUCACAGGAUUGGAAUCUCACAUUGAAAAUAGAGAUCAGUUCAGGAACUGCCUGCUACCAUGUGUACCUGUACAAAAUCAGGAAGCAAGUAAUGCAGUCCAUUCAUAUUGUGAAAGUCUCAUAAAACUGCUCCUUGGAAUAGAGAUACUACAGUCUACUGUCAUAAAAUUGCUGUUUGAAAAAGUCCCUGAAUUUUUUGAUGAAAGCGUGGGCAGCGAUGGGCUCAAUUUGCCCCGACUGAUUGUCAAUCAGUUAAAGUGGCUCGACAGGAUAGUAAACAGCAAGGAACUUUUGUCAACGAUUAUGCAGAUGAUUUGCGUUUCUCCUCUUUCAAUUCAACAUGACAUUAUUACAAGCUUGCCAGAAAUCCUGGAAGAUGCCCAACAUAGUGAAGUUGCCAGAGAACUUAGUUCUUUGCUAAAGGAGAAGACUGAGCUAACAGUUCCAAUCCUGGAUGCUCUUUCCAGUUUAAAUCUUGAUCUAGGCCUUCUGUCUGAGGUGCGCCAGUCUAUUAUGGUCACAGUGGCUGCUGUACAAGUGGAAGAUUUGCCUGUAGUAGUAAAGUUUAUUCUCCGCUCUAUCAAGGAAACUAAUGCAGUGGAGGUAAUUUCUGACCUUCGUAAGAAGCUGGAUCUGGACUCGUUUGUUUCACUGCCACAAAUUCAGGCUUCCCAGAGCAAGCUCAGAAACCAGCCUCAGGCAAGUCUCCCUGCAAGCCAAGUGAAUGUUAACCAGGACUGUAUCAAACUUCUUUUUGAAGUCAUUAAGUCAGCUAUUAAAUUCCAGAAGACCAUUUUAGAAGGCUGGAUUAAGGCUAUUGAGAAUGUUUAUUCUGCUUCUGACCAUAAGGUUCUUGAUCUGAUAGUGCUAUUCCUAAUUUAUGCUACAAAUUCAAAGAUUAAAAAGCAAAUUGAAAGAAUGCUGAGGAACAAGAUUCGGUCAGGUUGCCUGCGAGAGCAGCUGCUGCGGAGUGCCUUCCGAUACCAUCCACUUGUUAUGAGAGAUCUCUUUCCAGCCAUCCUGUCGCUGGCUGAGGUUUUUGUACAUUCAGCAGACUCCUGUAUUGUCUCCUUUGGUAGCUAUAUGUACAAGCAAGCAUUUACGGCCUUUGAUGUUUAUUGCCAGCAGGAGAUUGUGGGUGCCUUAGUUACUCAUGCAUGUGGUGGUAAUAGUGAGGAAGUAGAUGUCGCUUUGGAUAUGCUCACUGACCUGGUGUCUCUUCAUACCUCAUCAGUGGUUCCUUAUGGAGUCUUUCUGAAGAGCAUUUUAGACUAUAUGGAUAAUCUAAGUCCACAGCAGAUCCGCAAACUAUUCCACAUACUUAGUGUGCUGGCAUUUAGCCAAGGGCACAGAAGCAGCCACAUUCAGGAUGAUAUACAUAUGGUGAUUAGAAAGCAACUCUCCAGCACUAUUCCCAAAUAUAGGCGCAUUGGAAUUAUUGGUGCGCUUACCAUGGUGGGCAGCAUGGCAGCAAAGAGAAGUAAAGAAAAUGGGCAGAUACUGGAACAGGCACAGCUGAGCAAGGAGCAAUGUAGACAGAUCACAUCUCUACUGGAGCUAGUGUACUCCUCCUGUGGGCAGAUUCCCCAGGCAUUGGCUCUUUACUAUGAUGAGCUUGCUAACCUGAUCCAGAAAGGGAAUAUGGACUUGCAAAUACUGGACUGGAUUGGAAGCAGUGUGGUGAAGGACUUUGAGGAAGAUUUUGUGACAGAUCUUGUCCCUAUAGAGGACAGUGCUUUCCUGUUCCCAGUGAAGGCCCUGUAUUGCUUAGAAGAUGAAGAAAGUGAGGCAACAAUUGCUAUUAACUUAUUGCCUCUUGUGUCCCAGAGCUAUCUGAACAAGCAUGAAAAUGAAGUCACAGCUAAAAGUAAGGAAAAAAGGAUAGUGUCUCCAGUGUGCUUGUCACCAUUCUUUCGGCUGCUGAGGCUCUGCAUAUCAGAACUGAACAGUGGGAACUUGGAGGAUAUUGAUGCUUUAUUAGUGUGCCCUUUAUACCUGACCAACCUGGAAGUAGGAGGAAAGUUAGAUUCGUUGUCUAAGGAAGAGCGAGAAUUCCUCUGUACUCUCUUAUUUCAUGCACUAAACUGGUUCCAUGAGGUUGUGAAUGCCUUCUGUCGACAAAAUGAUGCUGAGAUCAAAGGAAGGGUUUUGGCUCGGUUACAGAACAUUACAGAACUACAGAGUCUGCUGGAGAAAGUCCUGGCAGCAAGCCCUGGAUAUACUCCUCCUCUUGCUAAUUUUGAUUCUGAAACCGUAGAAGGAAUGCCUAUUAAUAAUACGGUUGGUACCACCAAAAAGAAAAAUAAAGGAAAAAAAGCCCUCAAAUCUGACAGCAAAACCAGUUCUACAGACAAUUCACAAAUGGAGGAGGACACAGAAUCAAAUCUACCUGAAUCUGAGGCCAGCCAGCUAGAAAAGGACUCCCCAGGAAAGGAAUCACGGACAUCACUGAUACCGCUGCAGAGUUAUAGUGCAUAUUUUCGCGAAUUAGACUUGGAAGUUUUUAAUAUACUUCACUGCGGGCUGCUGACCAAAUCUAUUCUGGAUACUGAAAUGCACACAAAGACCCGUGAAAUAGUGCAGAUAGGGCCAGCUGAGCUCCUGUUCCUUUUGGAAGAUCUGUGCCGUAAGCUGGAACAUGUGUUAAUACCAGCCCCUGCAAAGAGAGCCCCUUUCUUAAAGGGCAAAGGAAAAAGAAAUGCUGGAUUCUCACAUCUUUGUCAAAGAACAUCUCAAGAAGUGAUUGAGCGUGUUGUUGAAUUUUUAAAGCCACUGUGCAACCACAUGGAAAAUAUGCACAACUUCUUCCAGGCACUGAUGGCAGAGAACCAUGGUGUAGUUGAUGGGCCAGGAGUCAAUAUUCAGGAACACCAGUUCAUGUCAUCCUGUUAUCAGCAUUUAUUGCAGAUCUUCCGCCUUCUAUUUGCUUGGAGUGGAUUUUCUCAGCAUGAAAACCACAGCUUGCUGAAAUCAGGCCUCCAUGUCCUUACUGACAGGCUCAAACCAGGAGAGAAAGAAUUCUCUCUUGAAGACUUGCUCAGCCACAGUUUCCAGUAUUUACUGAACUUCCAGCAUAGCGUUCCCAAUAUUUAUUGUGCAUUGAGUCUUACUCAGCUUCUGCUUGUGAUUGCUGAAAAAUCGGUGAUCAAUCUGAAACACAAAGAAAUAGGUUCCAUUACUAAAUAUUUCCUCUGCCAGUCUUGGAUGCAGCCCAAUGGAACUCGUCAGAAGGGUACCCAGUUUAAUGAUGCGCUCCAUACUUUGUUCUGUAUAUAUAUGGAGCACACAGAUAAUGUAUUAAAAGCAAUAGAAGACAUUUCCAGCAUUGGAAUUCCUGAGUUGAUCAAUUCUUCAAAAGAUGGAUAUUCUUCCACUUACCCUACCUUGACUAGGCAAACUUUUCCCAUUUUCUUUCGAGUGAUGAUGACUCAGCUAGAGAGUUCCAUAAAAAGCAUUUCCCCUGGAACAGCAUCAUCAGAUACCAGAGAGGUCCAGCUGGAGAAGUUGCUGCAAUGGAACAUGGCUGUGCGAGAUUUUCACAUCCUUGUUAAUUUAGUUAAGGUAUUCGACAGUCGGCCAGUGCUUAGUGUUUGCUUGAAGUAUGGCCGCCUCUUUGUGGAAACAUUCUUGAAGCAUGGCAUGCCCCUAUUGGACUACAGCUUUAAAAAGCACAGGGAAGAUGUGCAGAGUUUGUUGAAAACCUUUCAGUUGAGCACUAGACAACUUCAUCACAUGUGUGGACAUUCCAAGAUUCAUCAAGAUACAGGGCUCACCAGCCAUGUGCCCUUUCUAAAGAAGUCCCUUGAGCUGUUUGUAUACCGGGUGAAAGCAAUGCUGGCUCUCAACCACUGUCAGGAGGCCUUCUGGGUGGGUGUCCUCAAAAACAGGGACCUCCAGGGAGAUGAGAUCCUUUCGCAGGCGUCUGAGGCAAGCCUGACAGAAGAUGAGGAGGUUUCUAUGAUCACAGGAGAAGACCCUACAGAGCAGGAACAGGACGAGGAAGAAGAGUCAGAAAAUAAUGGUAGGACAGAUCUUAAAGAUAGUGAUGAAGACAGUUCUGAUUAAAAUGGACCACAUCACUGGAUAAAGUAACUCACAAGACAAAUGAUUGAAACUUGUAAGAUGAAAGAAACAAUAUUGACUAUGCAACUCAAAACACUAUGCUGCAGGUUGUCCAGGCAAUGCUAAAGUAAGGUAGACUAUAACCUGGACUUUAAAAGUGUGAUGUUACUGUCUUUAAAUAUUUCACUUUCUAUAAAUAUUUUAAGCCUGAAAACCAAUUGUUAAGCACUUUCCCCCACUUGCCUCCCAUUCUUUUUUCUAUAGCUUUUUUUUUUGCUCUGUGACCAGUCUAAGUUGCUCUACACUGUUCUAAGAAUAUCCAAAUAUACAAUAUUUAUUUGGACCGAUUAAAAUGUUAUGUUGUGAUGCUUAACAAGGGUUGCUUGUUAAGAAAGAAUGGUAACUGUUCUUUUGUACGAAACCCAGCCAUAGGUAGGAAUUUCUAUGGCUAGGGUCUCUCGUUGGGAGACAUUUGUAUGUUAAUUAGUUAUGGGGAAAUUGUGGCAUUCCAGAUAUGGAGACCAACACUGCCAUCCUCCAUCAUCUUUGGCUAUGCAUGCAAUAGUAGAUAAGAGCUGCAGUGCAGAAUCUGGAGGAGCAUUUGUUUCCCUUGACAGAUGUUUAGCUUAUGUUGGUAAAACACCCCAAUACAACAGUUGGAAAACUGCUCAUCACGGUUGUGAUGCCAGAUGAACGCAUAUUUGAGGAAUUAAUGAACUGGGGUGAAUUUGAACUUUUAAAGUAAUUUUUAGAAUGUAGGUGGAGCUGAAAACAAGAAAACUUGUAUAUGAGGUACAAAAGUUUGUUUUGUUGAUCUUUCCAUUUGAUAAGAUUGCCAUGAUCUGUUCCAGGUUUCCUGCCUCCAGCACAGGUCUACGUUUUAAUCAGUGGAGAUUAUAUUUAUAUAUUUUAGAUUAUAAUCAUAAUCUAAAGCCAAUUUCAUGUGUAUAAGUCCACUGAAAUCAGUGUGCCAAUGCUAUUUUGUAUUGUGGCCUUUAUAUAUCCACUUUUAGGAUGAGAUAUCCUGCUUUAAAAGCAUCCUCUAGAAAACUUCCUUUAGAAACUUUAGUUACAAUGUUCACAUUUUUUCUUUUUCUGCUCAUUGCAGGUUUUCAGUACUACUAAAAUACAGGUUUUAAGCCAUGUAGGAGACUAUGUAUCAAUUUCUUUCAGAUAUAUUGUAGAUAAAUAAAGCAGAAAGGUCUACCA